AACAUGUUCACCACCUUAGUUUAACAUGUUAGCAUGUUAGCAAUUGCUAAUUAACAUGAAACACAAAGUACAGCUAAAGCUGAUUUGAAUGUCAUGAGUUUUGCAGUUUUUGGGUCAUGAUCAUAAACCAAAGUAUUGGAUGAAAAAAAUGAGCUGAUGAGGGCAUUAGAUUAAAAGUCAGGGAUCACCAAAGUGACUACAAUUCAUCCUGUGGAGCAUGAAUAUAUCAAAUUUUUGAACCUCAUGUUGGCACUAGAGGAAAAGUUGGGAGAUCAAAGUCUGUAUGAUGCAUCCUCUGGGAACCAUGAAUGUCUGUAUAAAACUUUGCAUCAUGCCGGUAGCAUGGCUAAAAAAGUACUGUUGUCUGGCUGAAUUAAAAGUUAAUAGUCAGAUUAAUACUGAGAUUAUUUCUUAUCUCCAGUGGACUUCCACCUCUGAUAAAUUCUCAUGUAGACUCCAGUCUGCUCAGGUUACAGCUAACUACAUUUCUAUGCAGAAUAAAACAUGACACUGCCCUCACUGAGGUGUGAAUCACGUCCUUUUCUGUAGAAGCAGCUUGUAAAGAUAUUCCUCCUUCUGAAGGUUAACCUUCAUCAAAAAAUCAAAGAGAGAGGAAGGAGCUCUAGAGUCUUUGUCAACUGGAGAAUGAAAACUUGAAUGUUUAUUGAAGAUACUGCAGGUUCUAUUGAUCCACUCCAGAUCGCCAGAAACCAUACAUCCAUUUGAUCAGAUGUACUUUACUGCAAGCAUAAGAAUUUCCUUAAACCAGUGAAUCCACACAGGUGCUUAUCUUUGAUGUCACAUGAUCUUCUAGUUUCUCCUGAAAAAGAGCAUUUUUUUCCCUUGAAAUCAUGUUUUUUGAUAUCUGACCAAAAUCUGAUUAGAUUUUCCUCAAUUCACAGGAGAACAAGUAUUCCUUUCAGUUAAAACAUUAAAAAUGAACAAGAAAAAACCUAUAACAGAGUUUAUGAGAUUUCAUCUUGGUGCAGGUUACAUUAACAAAGAUCAAUUUUGAAUGUGCCCUACUCAAAAAUGUUCAAAAAAGGCUGCAAACAUGGCAGAGUAUACCACAGACACUUCAAAAGAAGAGAGAAAAGAACACUUAAUGUUUUUUUUAUGGACCAAUAAUCACUGGCAGUCUGCUGACUGUGUGGAGCAAAAGACACUAGUAAAACAGACAAGGUGCUACUGGAAAAAGCUACUAAAGGAGGAUUACAGAGAGGCAAAGCAGCCGUGUCUUUGUGGAUCCUGUCACCAGCACAGAUCUAACAGUUAAAUAGCACCACAUGGCUUCUGAAGCUGGCAUGAAUGAUCUGAUCUCAAUUCUUUUCCAUUAAUCAGAUUCCUUUUCAAACUUCCCUAUUGUGUCCUGCUGAAACCCUGCGCCACAAGCACAAAGACAGGAAGGUGUUUCCACAGCAACACAGUCAAGAUGCUCAUACUGGUCACUGUUAGUGCUGGAGUCAUGGGUGUUUAAAGGUCAAUAUAUAUAAAACACUUUUUGUUUAUCGCUACAAUAUAUUGCUCCUUUUAUUCUUUUAUUCAGAUUCUUUUUUUCGAAUACAGAUGGAGCUAAAAUGAUGUGCGACUUGUUGAAGUGAGACACAGUGAGAUGGUUUCAGAAGCUGUACCAAACGCUCACGCUUUACACUAAAUGUACUUUUAUAAUCUUAUAGCCAAAAGAUAUUUGUUGACUGAGCCUGCAUAACAGUGAAUUCAUCUAAGCUGGUUUUCAGAUUGAGUCAUUUUGCUUUAGCUGUAUUCAUUCAUGCUGACAACAGUUCCAUCGUGUGGUUUGUAAAGGUAUUGCAAAGCAUUAUCUCCUUGUAUUAUCUUGUUUUUAUCUUGUGUCCAAUCUAAUUUCAAGUUAUCAUAGAGGAGCAAAUCUGUCACAGACAUCAUCUCUUCUUAUGUAAUCAUUCAAUUGAAUUUUUUUUUUGUUUGUUUCUUUUAGAGAUGUCGAAACAAAAUGUGUUCAAAAUGUUUUCCUCUUCUAAUUAUAGGACCCAGACAUUAAAAAAUUGUUUGAUAGCAGUUGUUUGAUGAAAGCUUUCAAGAAAGACUGUAUAAUAGCCUAUAAAGUUGAGUUACUCUGUCUAUAUAUUGUAUAUAAAAGUGGAUUAACUCUAUACUCUUAAAUCAAAUGUGAGUUUUAUUUAAGAUGUUUUACCGUCCACGACAUCAGUAAAUAGUAAUUCAGUAGCUGCAAUGUGAAUAAAAACCUGCUCAUUGAGUCAUAAAACUGUACACAUUGACUGAAAUGAAUGUACUUACUUAAUGUUCGUGUUGCCUUCAAGUGCUGCAGGAGAUGUAGCGAAUAAGGAGGUGAGUGCAAAUUAAUGAUCUAAUAAAGGAACGUCAGGAUCAUUAUCUGAUACCGAUUAGCUCUUUUGUUUUUAUUUUUUUACUUUUCAACAUCAUUGUACUGUGCUUAUUUUCGUUUGUUCCUUCACUAUAUGUCCCGUUUACGUUUUUAAUUAUGUUUCUUUUUUCAUAUCUAUUUUAUCUCGUCUUUAUCUUUUGAAUCUGUCGUGUAACGUAAUUUUAUUUCAUGAUUAUUAAUGUGAAACACACCAUGAUGCAUUCUGUUCUGGUAGAUAUUUCCGUCUCCACAGCACAGAAAGUUUUUACGAGGUGACCCUGAAGGCAGCAUGCCUCGGUGCUGCUCCGGGCUCUCUCUUCUCAUCCUUUUGUGUCUGUUGUCCAAUCAGCGCUCAGGUGCGGUUUGCUGGCCUGUUCAUUGGUCGCGGAGGAGGAAGAUGCGACGGCGGAGAUGAUGGAGAAUAGACGGAGGACUUUCCAAACCAUCGUAUUAAUCUGAUUAAUAUACCAAUAUUAGCUUAUGUCCACGCGUACUAUUAGUAUAAACGCUUGAAUUAUUUCCUACUGGAGGCUACUCGACGCUGGCGUGUUUUGGAGGUGUUUGGUUUGUGUUUGUGGAUGUUUGCUGUGAUGUCGGGCCCGUCGCGCUGCUCUGCAGGUGAAGUCACUCCCUGAAGAUGUAGCUUCGGGUUACAGCAGUGGAAGAGCUGUCACUGCAGGUGUUGCUGUGUGAAUGAUGCACGAGCGAUGUCUGAUGUUGAGGCCACGUACGCAGAUUUCAUCGCCUCUGGCAGGACGGGCAGGAGGAAUGCCCUGCAUGACAUCCUGCAGAGCCCCACCGACCCUGAGGGGCGAGAGCUGCCCCUUACCCUGUCUCUGUCCCAGCUGCACAUCAACGCAGGAGGGGGAGAUGGAGACGACACUGAGGACAGCCAGAGCUCGUCGUCCUCGGCUCAGAGGGAGUCGGAGCAGAGGAACAGCUAACCAGCCGCGCGUUCCCGCCAGUGGACAGGGUGUUGUCGGAAUGAUCCCUGCCGCCAUUGUGAUGCAGCCAUUUCUUCAAAGCGGGCAGGUAGCUGGAGGGUAGCUGGUCUUAUCGAUACCCUUGCAACACUACCACUGCUGAGGUGCCUAUUAGUAAGGCACUGACCACCUAAAAUCCAAUGGCGCUGUGCUGUUAUGUGAUCACCCAGCGCUCUCGUGGCUCUGCUGUGCACUAGAAUGACAGACUGUUUGCAGGGGUGUAUUUCAGAUUCGGAGUGAAUGGACAGACAGUCGUUCUUGUAAACCUGCUUUUUCUUUCAGUCUUCGUUACUAAACACACAGGCUGGAUGAUUGGAAUAAAAAGAGAAAACAGACAGAAAUCCUGUGUGAGUUUUGUAGUUGUGCAAGCAAUUUGUAAGACCAUUGAGACGUGCUAAUGUAAUGGGUCACAGUGGGAGUCGUAUGUGUGUAGAGGUAGUGAUGCUGAUAGAGAUCCUAUUGCCAGUUAAUGGCUUGUGCUUCCUUUAAAUUGACAAUACUGCGGGGUGAAUUGGACUACUCAGCUGUAGUAAACACCAUGAACAAAAACACCUGUCUAUCUGUGUAAAGGUGUGCUCACUGAUUCUGCUCAAGUGUUUAUACUGUAGAGAGCAGCAGAUUGUAGCAGAGCACUGGGAUGGUGAUGUGAUAGUGUUCUGUUGACACCAACAAUACAAACACAUUUACAGUGAGAAUGGGUGACACAUUUCAGUGGUUGUAGGGUGGAAAACAGAAAUGAUGAUGGUGUACGGUUUUUUUUUAACUUUUCUAAUGAUGCCAUUAUAAUCACAACCUUAAAUGACUAGUUUAACAUUUGGGGAAAUUUGCUUAUUCACUGUCAUGUCGAGGGUCACGUGAGAAAGUUGAUAUUUCUGUCACAGCAGCUAGUUAGCUUAGCUUAGCAUAAAGAGUGGAAACAGGGGGAAACAGCUAGCAUGGCUCUGUGUAAAGAUAACAAAAUCUGCCUAGCAGCACCUUUAAAGUUCACUAUUUAUCAUGUUACAUCUUGUUUGUUUAAAACCAAAGUAUAAAAAAGAACAAUUAAUUCCAUGAAGUAACUGGUACAACCAAGAAAUAGUUCAACAAAUAACCCCCCAUCAGUUUUCAAAUUGUCGUUCUUACCCGCUUCUGUUUCUGUACGAAUUAAACGUAUGAGAUAUGAAUUAAACAACAAGAUAAAUGUGUAAAUUAGUGAGAUUUAUAGAUGCUGGUAGGAGGAUGUUUUUACCUUUAGAAAGAUCCAGGCUAGCUGUCCCAUUUCCACCCUGUUUCCAGUCUUUAUGCUAAGCUAAGCUAACUGGAUUCUAGCUCCAGCUGUAUAUUCACUGUACAGAUAUGACAGCAGUAUCAAUCUUCUUAUCUAACUUUCUGUAAGAAAGAGAUCAAGUAUAUUUCCCAAAAUGGUCGAACUGUUCCUUUCAUGUAGAUAUGCAAUACUGAGUGGAGCUUCCAGUAACUGUAUCAUGUUUGUGUGAAAGUUUCUAUCUCUAUCUGACAUUGAAGCAAAACUACGUCCCUGCUACUUUGUGUGAUAAUGGAUACAUCUCAUAAUUGUCAUCAGUAAAAGACCGUCAUGCAUGCACUUUUAAAACUGUGUAAAAUUUAAAAUGUUGUAAUUUUUCUCCCCAGUUUUACAAAGUAUAAUCUUACUGUAACACUGCAGCUUGACUGUGUCUCAUUCUUGUUCACGUGGACUAUAAGAAGGCAAAUAUAACUCUUCUUUUAUAACACUCACUUGAUCAGGUUUCCAAGAUGUAAACUGCCAUGUGACUGUAGUGACUCACACCCGCUUGGACAACACUGUGUAAACCCAGCUGUUCAUAAUUCAGCAUGUAGGAAUAUGGCAGGUGCAUGAUUUUGCUAAGUGUGUAGCUGUUUUGUCUGACUGUCUUAUGAACAUAUUUUCUACUCCUCGUGUCAAUCAAAGCAAAAUAAAGAAGUGAUGAGAGGGA